CAUAAUAACAGCUGUCAAAUGAUUCCUAACAGGCAAUGGCUCCUUGUACCAAUAUGUCAGUAGUAGGAUUAAUGUGUAUUUCUCUACAGCAUUCCAAUUUCACAGGUUGCAGGAAAGCUCUGACAGAUAUUGCUUAUGGAGUUUAUUAUAUAUGUCGUAGGCAUGUAAGGGGGCGAGGAGUGGAUUAAGUGGAAGUUCCACUUUUGGGUGGAACUCCGCUUUAAGUCCUGACUUAAGCCAUGUUUCUGCACUUCCUGUUUGUCAGAUUUUUGUGCUCUCUCCAGCCAAUACCUCGCUCUUGUCACUCCUUCGCUACCGAUAUUUUGCUUGUUCCUUUGACUUUGCUUAUGGUUAUACUUGAUCCCAACCUGCAACCACUUGUUAUUGACCCAUGGCUUGUUUACUGACUACUCUUUGGCUUGAUUUCUACCUGCAAUAUCUGCAACUGGACACUGGUUUGCUCACCUCCUGGAGGGGCGAUCCUGAGGAAUGCGACCUGGUACUAACAUGCAGCAAAACCACCAUCAGGAGCGCUGGGGAAGACCAAUUAGUACUUAGACCAUGCACCUCAGAAGACAGAAAAGGUGAAGAAUACAUUAACAUGACAAACCAAGACAGUAACUCUACAGCUCUCACAGAACUCUUAAGAAUUAUAUUUCCUGUGUUAUACCUUGUCAUAUUCCUGGCAAGUGUCAUGCUGAAUGGUCUUGCGGUCUGGAUUUUCUUCCACAUAAGAAACAAGACUAGCUUCAUUUUGUAUCUCAAGAAUAUAAUGGUUGCUGAUCUGCUCAUGACAGUGUCCUUUCCAUUUAAAAUCGUGCACACCUCUGGGAUUGCUCCAUGGCAUUUCAACGUCUACCUUUGCCGCUACACCAGCAUCUUGUUCUACACAAGCAUGUACAUUAGCAUUAUCUUCCUUGGGCUAAUUAGCAUCGACAGAUACCUAAAAGUGGUAAAACCAUUUGGUAGUUCAAAAAUGUACAGCAUCAAGUUCACAAAGAUGGUGUCUAUGUGUGUUUGGACGGCCAUGUUCUUGUUUGCCUUGCCGAACGUUAUCCUUACAAAUGCACAACCGACCAGAGAUAAUGUCAGUGACUGCAGAAAACUCAAGAGCCCGGUUGGAGCUAAAUGGCAUGAAGCGACUACUUAUAUUAAUAUGAUAAUGUUCUUCACCGUGAUGGUGGUGUUAAUUGCAUGUUACAUUUCAAUAUCCCACCACAUCCAAAAGUCCAGCAAGCCUUUUAUCAGUUGUUCAGGCCGGACAAGAAGACACAAUCAGAGCAUACGCGUUGUUGUCGCUGUGUUUUUUGUAUGUUUCUUGCCCUAUCACCUUUGUGGGCUGCCCUUCCUCUUCAGCCAGUUGGAUACAAUGUUGGAUAAGGAUAUAUACAAAAUCUUAGUAUACUGCAAGGAAGCCACUCUUUUUCUUUCAGCCUGCAAUGUGUGUCUGGACCCUAUCAUCUAUUUCUUCAUGUGCAGAUCCUUUUCUCAGAGGCUGUUCAACAGAUCAAGCAUCCGAUCACGGAGUGAGAGUAUAAAAUCUCUACAGAGUGUGCGGAAAUCCGAAGUACGGAUAUACUGUGAAUAUACCGAGGUGUGACGAUGUAUCAGCUGGACUACUGCUGUGUACUACUGCUGUGUAAUGUGUAGAUAUUUUUAUAAAUAAAAUGUAAGAUAUGUGUGCUGACAAACCUUU